CUUUUCUCUCUCAAUUACCUGCUAUUCUGUUUGGACCUGUCUCAUGGUAUGUGGCUAUGUGUUGUUCUCCAGAGAAUCUGCAGGCUGCUUGUUAUCGUAUAAAGCGUAGAGCCGUUUGCUGACAGACUCUUUUGAACGUAGCUUGUCCUGUGCAGCACCGCUUGUUUCCUGUCCUUUUCUAUUCCCUGGCAAUAAUGCAGAUGAAAGCAUAAUUAUUCUUUUAUCUUGUGAACUUGCUUGAUUCUUCCAUACGUAAGGCUCAUCUGCAGAUGGACUUGCUGCAACUUCUGCAUAGAUGUCUUCACUCUUGGAAAAGGAAUACUCUCCAUGGCUUUAGAUGCAGUCUAUGAAGAAUAAUUACGUUAGGAUUGCAUGCUGGUGAAAUUAUCCCGUGGAAAACAGAUCGGUGUUCUGCAUCCCGCUUUUUUUCAGUGUCACUUUAGAAUGGCUUUCUAUGCUUUCACUGAACUUAUUACAAGGGUUGACUGUAGUUUCCUUUUCUAGGCGUUUUCAAAUGAAUGUGAGAGACGGUGUGGCAGUGAUGUAGAUGAGGCUAGCGAAGGCACGGCUAAGUUUAUUUUCUAGAGGCUACGUUCAUGGUGGUGUAGGGUUUUCUAUUAUUAUUGGUAUUAGUUGUAUUACUAGCUUUUAAAUUUUCCAGGUAGCAUAUUCACGAUAGAUACUUAGAUAUGUGAUGAACAUGCUAUUCCCAAAGUCCAAGUGGAUGUUGUAAAGGCGGUACGCAGUAUGUAUGAGCAUAACAUCUGAAACAGUGCUGGAGAUAGCAAGGAAAAAACAUUCUUAUGAUUCAUUAUCUGGAUGUAGCGUCCACACGGUAAGGAAGCAGAAGGCAGAAGCGAGGUUCUUUUCUUUUCCUGAUGCAGUCUUCCCUUAUCUCCCAGGAAGAACCGGUCCGUUCUCCUUUAUGUGUCUUAACGGGGCAUCUUUGCAAUGCUCUCAAAGCUAUGUUCAGAUCAACAGCAAAAGCACCCUGAAAUGUCGUCAGUGCUGUCCAGUUUAGUGGGACUGGAGAGUGUGGAAAAUGAGUAUUUGUUGAAAACUCAAUCAAGUUUUUAGAAAAAAUACGUAGACAAAAAAGUUGCUGUCACGCAGUUGAGAACUUGCCCCAAAACUCCCUUCGAGACAGGAGCAAAGGAGUGAGAUUUGCAAAGAGUGCUGCUGUCGUACCUCCAUGCUUCAUGAAGACUGAUACAGAUAAGUGUUGCCAAGAAACAUCUCUAUAGCAGGAGUGUGGUAAAACGUGUUUGUUUUUUCCCAAUAUGUCAGCAUAAAUAGCAAUGAUGGGAGCAAGAGAAAGUUGGUCUGAGACCCCCAUGAGAAGGAAUGAUUUUCAGUUACUGAUGCGGGCAGCGUUCUCACAGGUAGAGUCCAGAGACGAACUGUGGUCUCGGCAGGCUUUGUACCCACGAAUGCUCCUCUGCUCAGUGUCUGUAUUUCUGUCCUACAGUUUUCUUUGGUUGCAUUUCAAGCCCAGCACAGGAUGUAUAUGAGAUGACAAUCGGCUCCAUGAAGUUCCAGGUGGCCACUCCUGUUAUUACCAAGGAAACUGGAGAUGUCAUUGUAAACAUAUCAAACAAAACCGUCAACCUCCAAACAGGCGUCUCUAAAGGUGCUGGGAAAGAGGUUGAAAACGAGUGUGCUGAACUAGCCUUGCAGCCUAAUGCUGGCUAUAUAACUACCAAAGCAGGAAGCUUGCCAUGCCAGAAAUAAUCCAUUUUGUCACCCAAGAUGAUAUGAAAGUGCCAGUCUCCAAAGUGCUUCAGGAAUGUGAAUUACAGCAGUACGCCUCUGUUACCAUCCCAGCAGUUGGAGCAGGUCAGGCAGGCUGUUUUCCGGACAUAGUCGCUGAUGAGAUGAUGGAUGCAGAAACUGACUGCAAGGAGGAACUCUACUCCAUCUGUGAAAACUAUUAAACCUGUCAUUUUUCAGUCGUAUCUUCUGACUGUGUUCCAUACAAGCUUGAAAAAAAGAGAAAAUCCUGGUAAAGAAGAUUCAAAGAAGAUUCCUACGUGUCCUUUGACAGUAUGACAAAUACGUGCGUGGAAAGUGCUUUUAUAAGAAAGCAGAAAGCUGUCUCACUCGUCAUUCACAAGACAAAGUACCUGGCGAAUAUAGAAGGUGGAUACGCUACAGAUGGGGAUGGACAACGUAUGGUGCUUACACGUACUGAUAAAUCUGCAGAUCAGGAAUCAACAGCACUGCCCAAAAAAUGGGACGACAUGCAAAAUCAGCAGCUCAAAAUAGCAGAAUUGAAACCAGAAGCAAAAGACUACAAGCAAGUGAAGGAAAGGUUUCUGAAGACCGCUCCAUCACUGAAUCUGAAAAUUGAAAAGCAGUUUCUUCUAAGGUACCUGGUGAGCGUGCUCUUUUCUUCAAAAAAGUGUCAGAUGGACGACAAAAACAGCGACAACAGCAAUGAGAAGUUUCCGUCCCGUGGGGCAAGCGCAGCGUCGUUAACCUUCAUUAGCAACUGCGGAUUUAACCGCAGCUAUGCUGGAAUGCACGCUGCACCGUAUGAAAAUGGAACUUGGCUGUUCACGCCAGCUAUUCUGCUAAUGACCUCUACUCAAAACCAGAUGCAAACGUGGAGCGGGUUCACCUGCAAACCACUGGAAGAGCGGAGUUACAGACCUUCUGGACACAAGUUCUCAUGUAAUACUCGUUCAGCGUAAGUGUACAAGGACAGUGGCAAAGGACAUUGUGAAAAUGAUGACAGAGUAAAUCUAAUGUCACCGAGCGUUCUCCAGCAAGUUCCAAACCACUUCUUGGAUGUAUGACCACUUAGGACCAUUCAA